CGGAGCUGCGCGAACAUGGCCGAAGUCGGCGAGGACAGCGGCGCCCGCGCCUUGCUGGCGCUGCGCUCGGCUCCCUGCAGCCCCGUGCUGUGUGCCGCGGCCGCGGCCGCCGCCUUCCCGGCCACCGCGUCCCCGCCGCCGCCGACACAGCCUCCGCCCGGGCCGCCCGCCCUGCCCGCCGUGCCCGGCCCCGGCCCGGUGCCCUCCACCGCCGCCACUGCCACCACCGCCGCGCCCGCCUUGGUGGCCGCGGCCGCUGCCUCCGUGCGCCAGAGCCCUGGGCCGGCUCUAGCGCGCCUGGAGGGCCGGGAGUUCGAGUUCCUGAUGCGACAGCCCAGCGUCACCAUCGGCCGCAACUCGUCGCAGGGCUCGGUGGACCUAAACAUGGGCCUGUCGAGCUUCAUCUCCCGGCGCCACCUGCAGCUCAGCUUCCAGGAGCCUCACUUCUAUCUGCGCUGCCUGGGUAAGAACGGUGUCUUCGUGGACGGAGCCUUCCAGAGGCGGGGAGCGCCAGCCCUUCAGCUGCCCCAACAGUGCACCUUCCGGUUCCCCAGCACAGCGAUCAAGAUCCAGUUCACGUCCCUGUACCAUAAGGAGGAGGCCCCAGCAUCCCCCCUGCGGCCACUCUACCCUCAGAUCUCUCCACUGAAGAUCCACAUUCCGGAGCCGGACCUCCGGAGCCUCGUCAGCCCCAUCCCUUCCCCGACCGGCACCAUCAGCGUUCCCAACUCCUGUCCAGCCAGUCCUCGAGGAGCUGGGUCGUCCAGUUACCGCUUCGUCCAGAACGUGACAUCAGACCUUCAGCUGGCCGCAGAGUUCGCAGCGAAGGCAGCCUCUGAGCAGCAAGCAGACACAUCUGGUGGGGACAGCCCCAAGGAUGAGUCAAAGCCACCGUACUCCUAUGCGCAGCUGAUCGUUCAGGCUAUCUCCUCGGCACAGGACAGGCAGCUAACACUAAGUGGCAUCUACGCCCACAUCACCAAACAUUACCCUUACUACAGGACUGCUGACAAGGGCUGGCAGAACUCUAUCCGACACAACCUCUCUCUUAACCGUUACUUUAUCAAAGUCCCUCGGUCCCAGGAGGAGCCUGGGAAGGGUUCUUUUUGGCGGAUAGACCCUGCUUCAGAAGCCAAACUUGUGGAACAAGCAUUCCGAAAGCGGAGACAGAGAGGUGUCUCCUGCUUCCGCACCCCCUUCGGGCCUCUGUCCUCACGGAGUGCUCCAGCUUCACCCACCCAUCCUGGACUGAUGUCCCCUCGUUCCAGUGGCCUGCAGACCCCAGAGUGCCUGUCUCGGGAGGGCUCCCCCAUUCCACAUGAUCCCGAUUUGGGGUCAAAGUUAGCCUCUGUUCCAGAGUAUCGCUAUUCUCAGAGCGCCCCGGGCUCCCCUGUCAGCGCCCAACCGGUGAUUAUGGCUGUCCCUCCCCGACCUUCCAACUUAGUGGCUAAGCCUGUCGCCUACAUGCCAGCUUCCAUAGUGACCUCACAGCAGCCCUCAGGCCAUGCUAUCCAUGUGGUGCAGCAGGCCCCUACUGUUACCAUGGUGAGGGUGGUAACCACCUCUGCCAACUCAGCCAAUGGCUACAUCCUUGCUAGCCAGGGCUCAGCCGGGGGCUCCCACGACACAGCAGGCACGGCCGUGUUGGACCUGGGCAAUGAGUCGAGAGGUUUGGAAGAGAAACCUACCAUAGCAUUUGCCACAAUCCCUGCAGCCAGCCGAGUCAUCCAGACAGUCGCCAGCCAGAUGGCCCCAGGAGUGCCUGGACACACAGUCACCAUCCUACAGCCAGCUACACCAGUGACCAUCGGGCAGCACCAUCUUCCUGUCCGGGCUGUCACUCAGAACGGAAAGCAUGCUGUGCCCACAAAUAGCUUAACUGGCAACGCUUAUGCCCUCACCAGCCCCCUGCAGCUCCUGGCAGCCCAGGCAAGUUCAUCCACGCCAGUGGUCAUCACCCGGGUAUGCGAGGUAGGGCCUGAGGAGCCAACAGCAGCUGUCUCGGUGGCCACUAAUGCCACGCCGACCCCAGCAACCUCCACUACCACGUCUGCCUCUUCCAGCGGGGAACCCGAGGUCAAGAGGUCCCGGGUAGAGGAACCCAGUGGGACAGCCACCACACAGCCCACAGCAACGGCAGCCACUGGCCCUCAGGGCCCAGGCACCGGUGAGUGAAGUCACCUGCAGGAAGUUGGAGUGGGACUCACGCCGCAGGUGCCCAGGUGGCCAGCCGCUGCAGUCAAGGAUGGAGUGGAGAGCCUCGCAGCUGCCUGCAGCGCAUGUGCCACCAGAGUGGCCGCCACACUUGGACAUUUCCUUUUUAUCUCCUAUCCUCCCGUGGUUUGAAACAAAACACAUAAACACAUUCAGACAACUUGAUUGUACGAAUCUGGGGGUUCUGUGUGUUUAUUUACCCCUCCCUCAUGCCAUCACCUCUCCCCACAUCUGUGGGAGAAGGUCUAGCCCAGCUCCUCAGGAACCGAUCCCAGCCAGCACCCUCAAGAAGAGCGAGCCCCACGAGUGAACAGAAGUGCGACACAAACCCAGGCUGCUCUCCUUGAGAGCCAGGCUACAAACGUCCUAUUUGUAACUAAGUGGGAAUUGACCAGAGAACAGAGAGCGGCAGGAAUGUCCCAGCCACAGGCUGGGAUGCAUUGUCCUCUCCCCAAAAGUGACAUAGGUUGUGGCAUUAAUUGGGGUCAGGAGGUCUACCUUGGCUUUGGACCCUAAAAUAUUUCUUACAGUUAAGCAUGGAAUUUGGGUUCAUCUCGAAAUUGAGACACACGGAAGGGCUCACGUGUCUUUGGGGUUCCCUUUGGUAGUCAGCUGAGCAGCUGCAGACCCGGGCACUCGCCCACACUAGCCCCUGUUGAACAUACCGCUCUCCCGGAUAACUCCAAGAAGGAUCAGCGGCUCCCGAGUUGAUAUUGCAAAGUGCUUUGGGUGGAAAAUCAGCCCAGGGCAGUGCCUGUGACAUCCAUUUCCACAGCAUUGGCUGAGCCCAAAGCUGCAAGCUGCAAGCUACAGUGGAUAUCCAGGGAAACCAGGCAGCUUCGGGACAUCAGCCAGCCCCUUGCUCAGCAGGGAGGAUAUUGGUAUGUGCCAGUGAAAGAUAGCAGGGAAUGCGUCCUGUGUUUCUGGCAGCUGGAAGAUCUGUGCAACGCUCUGCUCAUACUGCCUUCCUGUCACACAUUCCAGUUUCCUGAGCACCCCAAGACGUGUCCAGUUUGCAAAUGGAAACCCUCUAUUCUACCUGAAGCUGAGGUCCCUGGCCAUUAUCCACCGGAAAGGAAACUACCUCUCCGGACAGCAGUUGGUGCCAAGUUUGAUUACAGUGUGGCAAGAACCAAAGUAUGGGGGCCAGCCAAGGACUUGGAUCCCCAGAGAAGGUCCCUUUGCAUGCCCAGGCAAGCUACCAGCAACACCUUUCAACAUACACCAAGUCACAGGACUAGGAGCCAUUGAAUGUUUCCUGGCUGCAUGACAGGGGACUUGAAGGCAGCCAGGAGCUCAGCGUUGGCCCUCCUGGAGGGUGGGCCGUAAGCAACCUCGACAGCUUGGACAGAGAGCCCCAAAAGAGUCAGCUUAUCCUUGGCAUCAGACUUCCCACCAUCCUUCUGCCUCUGCCAGGUGCGGUCGGAAGAGCAGAGAGAGCCUAUGAGCAAAAAGCAGGCAAUCCCAGGGAAGGAGGGGCCUGCAGCUGUACAAGCUUGCCUUUGCUGGAAGGGGUGCCAGUCAAUGACCUGGAGGCUGUGGUCACACUCCGGUUGGAUGAGUCCAAGCUUCACCCUGUGGCUGCCACCAUUGGAGCCACCAGUUCCCCACACAUAUCGGGCCAGUGGAGAGUGCUUGCCCGGUCCUCUUGAGCUGUCUUCCAAGCUCCCCAGCCAGUCGUUUUCUAUAGUACUAAACUUCAAACUGGAAGCAAGCUGUGUUUUAAAGGCUUCCUGUCUGUUGCCUGGGAGGUUUCAGAGAGGUGGGGCUGGGGUGGCUGUGGCUGGGGGAGGUCGUGUUUUCCAGGUGGAGCUGCUCCUUGGAGUAGGCGAAGGGCUCUCUCCCCCAUCAUUUUGUGCCUGGCAUGAACUUGUUCUCUGUGUGUGCCUGGUGUGAGCAUGCGUUAGGGAAAGCAGGAAUGGGCUGAGGUCACAUUAGUGCCUCCCACUCAUCUUUCCCUCCAUCACCAUUUACUCCAAGGCUGUGCAUGGUCACCCUGCAAGGCAGAUUAAGAUUAUUUGUGGGUUGUCAUCGUAGGCACUGCGUGCAGCCCCUGCAUGGAACUAUGCAUCACCGUCUGUCACAUCUGUCAUCAGGUUUCAAAAUGGCCCUGACCAGUUUGCUCUCCAGGCUCCUAAAAUAUCAUGGUCUCCAUCCUCUGAAGCAGAUCCUCCCACCAUUACCACGGGUGUGGAAGGAUGUGGAGGCAGAGAGUGGAGCACACUGCCCCAGUGUCUACAGGACAUAGGGCCCUAUGUCUCUGGUUGGGCAGCCUGAGGUAGAGAGGAGAAGGCUAGCCUGGUGCCACUGCUCUGGAAGUAAAUUUGGUCAUCUACCAGGCAGCACCCCUAACUUGUGCCAGCUUCUGCUACAGCCCACAGCCACAGACCCAGAAUAGCCAGUGCUCAGAGCAGGAAUGGAUAGCCAGCUGGAACGUGCUCCUAUGAGCUCAGCUCCCCUUUCUCUUCCUCCCCCUUGUCGUCCCCCUCCCAUUCCUACCUUCCCCUCCCUUUUUGCCUCUUCUGUCUUCUCCCCUACCUCAGCUUAGCAUCCAGGGCAUGCCAUCAGCUCCUGGAGCCUUGCCUUUGUGCAAGGAUCCUUGCCUUUGUGGGAUAUCUGAUUCACUGUCUGUGAGGAGGUCCCUCAGACCCUUCUCACUUCUACAACUUAUAAUCUGCAGACCUACCACCUUCCCCUCCUGCCUUACGCCAGGCUCGCUGGGGUCUGAGAUAAUAGGUACCACUCAUUUUUCCUCUGAAAGAGGGAAUGGCCUUCCACAGUAAUCUGGUAGAGCUGGAAAUGGGUACAGCCAGGUGAUGGGGUCAGUGUCGUCCUGUAUAGAGAUGAGGGGACCCCUUUGGGCAGUGGUAAAAAAGUUAGUUAAAUGCAAGAAAGAAACAUUUCCCAUAGAGAAGAAGCAGUGAUGAAAUAGAAUGUUACUGCUUCUCCUCCAAAGCCUCAAAUUCCACAGUGCACCCAUGUGACGUUGCCCACUCUAGGGUGGGCACCUCUACCUUGCUGACCAAGCCCCUCCCUCCACACCUGAAUAGCUCAUUGCCUACUCUAGAGUAAGUCAGAAAGUGAGUGAGUCUCUAUUCUGGUGAAAGAUCCCUUGUGUAGGGAGCAUUGCAUCCCAGUCACUAGUGGUAAAGUCACCACAGAUAAUGACAGGGUAGUCCCUUGUUUUGGCUCAGGGUGACAAAGUGGUGGCCUGUGUCACCUCACCUCUAGUCUCAUUAGAAUACCUCUGCUUAGAAGCAAUAUUACAAAGGGUAGGUCAAGUUGUCCCAAAGAUCACAGCUGCUGACUCCAGCUUCUCUUGGGGGCAGGGUCUCCGACAUGCACUUAGGCUUGGGGGAGGCAGGUGAGGGCUGGGAACAGACACUCACUCACCAAGGCCUCCUCCAAUUCCCACCUGCCACUUCAGUCCUGUUCCCAAUUGAAUGUCCCCUUUCAUCUUGUGAGUCCCCUGUCCCAGGCCUUGACUUGAGGGUGGUUCUUGUAUCGCCUGCUUGUUGGGCUCUGGUUUUUUGUUUUGUUUGUUCUUGGGUUUUGUUUGUUGUGUCUUGUUUUGUUUCUUGUGGUGCUGGAGAUUAAACUCAGGGCCUUGCGUGCACUAGGUAAAGCCCCUAGGCAAGGGCUCCUCUACUGCCGAGCUGCAUGCCCAGCUCAGCCCUUUUGAUUCUUUAAGCUCAAGACAGGGUCUCACGAAGCUGCCCAGGCUGGCCUUGAACUUGUAACCCUCUUGUCUCAAACUCCUGAAUUGCUAGGGGAAUGGGCCACUGUGGCCCAGUGCUCCUUGUGAUUUUUGUUUCUUUUUCUUCUUUCUGUACCAAAAGCUGCUAUGUUGGUAACACAGAGGAGGGUGUGGCCUAGAUGCCCCUACAGACCAGCACAUGGCACCCGCUUCCCACAGCCUGUGAUUUGAACAAUUUGGGACUAUCCAAGGGACUCUCGAUCUUGGGGUUACCUCUUCCCUCCCUCUGGUCCCCCAUCGCUAACCCCUGAAGUCACCUUCUUGGCAAGUGGAGUUCUGAGAAUCAACCACAGGCAUUUUCUUUGAAGUAACACAGACCCAUUUCACCGACGGUUUUUAGGGAAAAUAGUUUUCUACUUGUGUUUAAAAAAAAAAGCUACUUAAGUGGUCCUGGCUGCUGGUCCUACCUGCUCCUCUUCUCUUCUUUUCUACUGCUCUGAACUUCUCUCUGGCAGGCUUCAGCUCUGCUACUGCAGGGAACAUUCUAGAACUACCCUCCAGGUGGUCAGGGUAAAACACCCUGGCAGGGCUAUCCCACAGAUGAGGCCAGCUACAUGCCUUAUCCAGAGGUACCACCUGGUUGUGAGGCAGGACAGAGGGUCCCCUGAAGUUCUUAGUGAGAGGAAGUGGCCAACCAGAGGGCAUCAUGGCAGGAGCUAGGGGAAGGUGAGCCAGUGGGGCCGGAAGCUGAUGGCUGCCCUCACGUCUGUCUUAGUGCUCACAGCUGGUGCAGGCAGUGGUAAAGAGAGCAGAUCCCUUAAUCGUGGACAUCUCUCUCUCCAAGAGGAAAUUUCACGAGCAGGGCUUCACUCACCGUGAAAAGCAGUGUGCAUUUCUGUACUUGGGCUCAGCUUGCAAACACAGGCUGCCUAGGGCCCCGAGGACCCCCUCCACAAGCUGUCAUCUGCCCUCUAACCCCCACCUCGUGAGAGUUAGAGGAUCAAAAGAGCUUGCUGCUUUACCUCCUGAAUCCUUGCUCCUCUGACUACUCACAAAAUGAACGGAUGGUGUGGAGGAACCCUGGGUCCCAGGAGCCGAGGCAAAGCUUGAGGGUGGACAGUGGCCAGGCUUGAUCCCUGCAUUUGAAGCACUUGCCCACAUCAGAGCAACCUCAGCACUGUCCCCUGAGUCCCUGGGGCUGUUCUGACCCUGCUGGAGCGAGCCCCAUGAUCCACUGAGUAUUCAUGUUCUCUGUACUGUAUGUAUCCAACUAAGUGACGCCCUGGCCUCCUGAGUCAGAAUUGGCUGGUCUAGAACUUUUAUUUUUAAUUGGUAAAAUUGGGAAUUAAAAAAAACUAACACUUUCAUUUUCGCCCCUCUCUCCCAUCUUUCCUUCUUAGCAUCCUUCCUGGGGGGCAUCUGGGAUCCCCAAUAUUACCCUAGCUUGGUUCCUGGGCUGGGAAAAGGUGGGGGCAGGAAGGAAAGGCCCAAACUGUCUUCCAGGUCUCCCUUUGAAAUCUGCUGUGUCCAGAGGGGGAGGGUCAACAGCUGGGCACGUGUGAGAGAGAGGCUAAAGCCAAUAGUGAGGUGGUUCUUUUUCUUAACUGAAUGAUAAUUCUGUAAAAGUAACUGGGGGGAGGGUAUUCAGGGAGUAUGUGUGCGUGCUCGCAUGUGUGGCUUUGUUUUUAUUUUUUACAGUGGCUGUCUAAAGUGUUUCCAUGAUAUGUUUAACACGUAGUGCUUUAAAAGCAGUGGUAUCCUAUGCUAUGCUGGGAUCCGGGUUCCGGAGAUGGGAUGUGCCCCCCCCCCUCAGUGGAUGAAGGCCCACCCAGGAGGCAGGGUAAGGGCUGGGAUCAGAAAGUCCUGUGGGUCCACAUCCCAAGCAGCACCACCUGGGUGUUCAUUUCAAACGGGGUACAGUAUUUUUUUAUAACAGAACCAUCCUUUUUUUAAAAAAAGAGUUUGACACCUGAAUGUGAUUUCUAACUAUUAUUAGACGUUAAUGUUUUAAAUCUAUAACAAAGUGGAAAAUUUCUACUUUUCUUUUUCAUCCAUUGGAACUGUUCUUUUAUCUAUUCGAUUGUUGUAUGUGGGUGGGGAAGCUCUGUUUUCUCCUCUUAGUGUUUGUUUCUAUAACCAGAAAUAAAAAUUAUAUAUUAAAGAGAUGUA